UCAUUAAUAAAAAAGAAUUCAAGCAAUAUACAUGCAUAUUUCAAAAUUCUAAAUACUUUUAUUAUUCAAAAAACGUCAGUGAUGUGUGUCCUCAAAAACAAUCGACUGUUAAGAAUUUGUGCCAUAAUCUGUUUUUCAAUUGUAGCAAGGACGCACUCACUUCAAUGUUUAGGGAAAAGUGGGAAUUACGAAUGUUGUAACGGGUAUAUGUGGAACGAAACAUUGAGGAACUGUGACACAAGAUGCCUCCCUGGAUAUUUCGGUGAUAACUGUACCAGACAUUGUAGUCCUGGUCGUUACGGGGAGGGAUGCUCCAACCUGUGUACACAAUGUGAACAGGACAAAUGCAAUGUAUCUUUUGGUUGUCCUGUAUCAACAACAGAAAUCCCUACGUCGAAAUCUUUUCGGGUACCAGUGAUGCAAAAACUGAAUCAGAGAAUUGAGAAUGAAUCAAUAGAUUCGCUCCCAAAGUCAAAUUCCAAGAUUUCAGGAGAAAAAACGCAAGACAUCCCAUGGCAAAUACUGUCUGUAGCAUUUUCCAUUGCAACGUUUGCCGUAGUAUUGCUGUACAUUACCAAAAGGAGCUGCGAAAAACCAAAAGCUGUGAUGGCGCCAGGAGAAAAUUCCAAGGUUACAUGGCCGAGCAACAUUGCGGAGGGACAAAAACUUGGGUACCAAAACUACCAACCUUUGCAUAAUGAAGCUGUGUUCAAUGGAACGGCCAAUGUGACCAUCAACAUGGACACUGAAGACAAGAACUUUACAGUUGUUAUGAAGACUGACCAAAAUGAUAGAGGGUUAACAAGACUGGAUACAACAGAGCCAAAAAGAAACAUGGGUAAUUCCAUAAAUGAAAGUGGAAAGAUUUAUGAAUCCUACAUAAACAGAGAAACCUUUUAAAUUUGGUUUGAACGUCAUACCUUAAAAAUAUCGAGUUUUCAGUUCUAAAUGCAGUUGUAAAAAGGGAAACAAAAUUCAUACUGUAAAUUAAUGUAUCACCACAAAGGAUUGACAAGAAAAUAAUUAUAUCUGUCAGCAAAGAACAGUUUGCAACGGAGACUUUACAAACUAAUAGAAUAUGGGAAUAACCCUUUUGGAGAUACACACUUAACCUAAUUUCAGUUAAAAAGACCUAGUACAGAAGGUGAUAUUAUCAUCUAACUUCUCCAUUUGAUGAAAAGACGAUAGUUUUAUUUACUAUAAUUAAUAUACAUGUAUAGGGAACUUUUCGCUAACCUUUUUCCUACCCCCUUGGUGUAUGUAAAGAGGAUUUAUUUAUUUUUUGGAGUCAGCCGAUCUUUUUAAAAUUACUUUCAGUGUUUUGAUUUGUGUUCCCACUGUAAUGUAAUAUGUGUAAUAUGACUUUGCACUGCAUUAUAAAUAUAUCUCUUUCAUUUACAGAAAUCAAGCUUGUUUACCACGUUUUAGAGAAAGCAAGCCAAUUAAAAUUGUGCAAAAAGUCAAACACAUACAACAUGUACAUGUAAUAAUAAUUGAGGAACAAAAGCAUACCAAUGAUUAAGAAAAGGUUUUUUUUUUUAUAGAUUUGAAAAAAAUAUAUAAAUUAUCUUGAAGUGUGUGCAAUGUUUUGUUACAUACAUUUGAUUAGUGUUAUGGUCUGUAAAAUGUAUUGAUGAGUUGCAGAGUGAUGGCCAUCAAGUGGUCAUUUCCUAUUUUACCAGUAAUGUAUCUUGCGCGUCUGAAAAACGAGAACAGGCCAUUAAAAAAAAUUAAGGACUUGUCUCACGCUUCAAAAUUAAGGACUUACGCUCAAAGAAAACAUGUACUAUAAAUGUUCCAUUCAGCAGUGAAAUCUUCUAGAAGAGAAUAUACUAGUAUGCAGAGAGGAGAUUUGCCUUGAACCUGAAGCUAGAUAACAAGAAUUUCCUGAAACACUAAUCAGGAGCUAAGUGGCAGUAUCGAAAAGAUUCUUUACUUUUCAAUCGAUUUAUAUUUACUAUUUGUUUUGUUGUCUUAUAUUGAUAACUGUAUAUAUUUUUGCAAAGAAUCUUGAAUGAUUUCGAAGGAAACCUUUAUCGGGUUGCUUGUUCAUUUUUUUUAUUUGUCAGCACUACAGCAUAUUUGCUCAGGUAACAUUUUGUUUUGAAUUCCUAUUUUAGCAAUAUACUUAUAACAAUAAAAAAUACUUGUUUAUAUGUAUAAAUUCCAAAACAAGCAACAUUAUAUUAACUGAUAAUAACUAAUAAUUCACAAAAUACAUCUAGUAGAAACUAUUAUGUGCUUAGAAUUCUAAUACCCGGUAUAACGUUUACUGAUACUCAUAUUGAACAUCUGCACAAUUCUUUCAUCAAUCAACUUAAUGAACAUAGAUGUUUCAUUUUAUUUUCUGCAUCUGUGCUAAUGCAUAAAUAUACAUGUACAUGUACUUAUAAUUUUCAAACGCCACUUUUUGUUAAUAUUCGUUGAAUUUGUCAUUUUCUUUUUAUAUAGAAUAAAUAAAAAAUAAAACACCCACGCACCUAACCUAAACUAUUUGUUGUUGUUUUUCAAGUUGGUCAAGAAAAGAUUUAUUAAGGAGGGGUUUAUGAGG